AUGUCGACGGGUAUAUACAAGCCAUGGGUCUUGGAUAUGGACCGUGAUUGGUGGCGGGAGGUAAUUGUCUACGAAAUAUACGUGCAGUCAUUCCAAGACAGCAACAACGAUGGCAUCGGUGACCUUCAAGGGAUCAUCCAGCGGCUUGACUAUCUCAAAAGGCUUGGGGUUGACAUGCUGUGGCUGACACCAAUUUACGUAUCACCACUGGAGGACCAGGGAUAUGACAUCGCAGAUUAUAAGAAGCUGAAUCCUAUAUACGGGACUAUGAGGGAUUGGGAAAAUUUGACAGCAGAAAUUCACAAACGAGGCAUGAAGAUCAUGAUGGACAUGGUCUUUAACCACACAAGCUCCCAACACGAAUGGUUUCUAGAAUCGAAAAAGAGCAAAGACAGCCCUAAGAGAAAUUGGUAUUUCUGGCGCAAGGGGAAGACGGAUGUUAAUGGAGAGCGACAACCACCUAAUAAUUGGGAGAGCAUGUUUGGCGGUAUGAUUCUAGAGGCAGAUAUCAGAGCUAUUCUCGGGCUGACACAGAGCCUAGGACCUGCAUGGACAUUUGAUGAGACAACAGAUGAAUGGUGUAAGCAUAUUCACUUUACUUCAAGAAUGAUGCCAGAUCUCAACUGGGAUACCCUGGAAGUUCGUGAAGCAGUAUACGACGUGAUUGAGUUCUGGGGAAAGAAAGGAACAGAUGGUUUCCGACUCGAUGUCAUAAACUUGGUAUCCAAGGUCCCGGGGUUGCCAGAUGCUGUUGUCACGAAUCCGGAAAAGACAGAACAAAACGCCACGCCCAUGUACACCAAUGGCCCAAAUAUCCAUAAAUAUAUGCAUGAGAUGAACCGCAGAGUACUCAAAAAGUAUUCCAGUUGUACAGUUGGUGAGAUGCCUUGCGGUGUCAACGAAUAUGAGUCAAGCGAGUAUGUGGCCAAAGAACGUCAGGAACUAUCCAUGGUAUUUCAGUUUGAUCACAUUAACCUGGAUGCUACGAAUGGUGACAAGUGGCAACCCCGAAAAUGGGAGCUAUGGGAGUAUGAGAGAGUACAGCGGGUAUGGCAGCAGCAUAUGCUCGGAAAUCAUGGAUGGAGUUCAUUGUAUAUGGAAAAUCACGACCAAUCUCGGGCAGUCUCUCGCUUCGGCAACCCAGAGAAACGCUUCCGUGAUGUAUCAGCCAAGAUGUGCGCAACUAUUCUUCUCGCGCUGCGUGGAACUGUGUUCUUAUACCAGGGCCAGGAGCUUGGGACACCACAUCCACAAAAUUGGAAAAUAGAAGACUACCCAGAUCUGGAGACGCAGAAUUGGUACAAUGACCAAUAUGCACGACGAAAAGCUAAGGAUCCUUCGAAGGAGCCAGACAUGUCCUAUGCAAUGGAUGCGAUUCGGCUCAAGGGUCGAGAUAACGCUCGGAUGCCGAUGCCAUGGGAUACUUCGAAAAAUUAUGGAUUCACAGGACCGAAUACUAAACCAUGGAUUCGUUUUAACGAGGAAUACCCUGAUGUCAAUGUGCAGAAGCAAGAACAAGAUCCAGAUUCUGUGCUAAGUUACUUUAUCAAGCUGAUUCAAAUUCGGAAAGAGAAUCCAUUUAUGACGUAUGGUGCCUAUGUCCCAGUCAACCCAACUGACCCCCAAAUAUUUUCAUUCCUUCGGACCCAAGGCCCAUGGCAGUCGUUUAUUUUUUGUAAUUGGUCUGCGAAAAGCGUGGUUUUUUCUAUUCCAGAGGAGAUUGACAUUGACCUCGCCGUUCUGGUCAUUUCCAAUUAUCCCGUUGCAGACAAUCCGUUGCAGUAUGAAGUGCCGUUGCAACCGUAUGAAGCGCGGAUCUACUCAUUACGGAAUUAA